AAACCAAAUAAAAUCCCCACAACCAUUCAUCACUCCAACAGAAAAACAAUACAAGUAGAAGAAAGAAAAAGAUACAGAUACAGAGGAAAAUUACACUAGUUCCUCUGUAUCCCAACUCUUUCAAUUGAAGCAAAUCUCCUCUUUCUCUUCAAUCUGAAAACAGAGUACUCUGUUUUACUCUGUUUUUGCUCUGUUUUUUGCAGAGUUAAUUAUCAAUGGCUUCUUUAGUAUCUUCACCAUUUACUCUACCAAGUUCAAAACUUGACCAGCUUUCUUCACUCACCCAAAAGCAUCUUUUCCUUCACUCCUUUCUCCCAAAGAAGGGCAUUCACCAUAACAGCACAAAAUCCUCUCUCAGAGUGAAAUGUGCUGCAAUUGGCAAUGGUCUCUUCACCCAAACCACACAAGAAGUUCGUAGAAUCAUCCCAGAGAAUGAUCAAAACCUGCCAACAGUGAAAAUUGUGUAUGUGGUCCUUGAAGCUCAGUACCAAUCAUCUCUCACUGCUGCAGUUCAAGCUCUCAACAGCAAGAGGAAAAAUGCUUCCUAUGAGCUUGUGGGGUACUUGGUUGAAGAGCUUCGUGAUGUGACAAACUACAAAUCCUUCUGCAAGGACUUGGAAGAUGCCAAUGUCUUCAUAGGGUCUUUGAUUUUUGUGGAGGAGCUUGCCCUAAAGGUGAAAGCUGCAGUGGAGAAAGAAAGGGACAGGCUUGAUGCAGUUCUGGUGUUUCCUUCAAUGCCUGAAGUGAUGAGGCUUAACAAGUUGGGAUCCUUCAGCAUGUCACAACUUGGCCAAUCAAAAAGCCCAUUUUUUCAGCUUUUCAAGAGAAAGAAGCCUAAUUCUGCAGGGUUUGCUGAUAGUAUGUUGAAGCUUGUGAGGACAUUGCCUAAGGUUUUGAAGUAUUUGCCUAGUGAUAAGGCACAGGAUGCUAGGCUUUACAUAUUGAGUCUGCAGUUUUGGCUUGGAGGGUCACCUGAUAACUUGCAGAAUUUUUUGAAGAUGAUUUCUGGGUCUUAUGUUCCAGCACUGAAAGGGACAAAGAUUGAGUAUGCUGAGCCAGUUUUGUAUUUGGACAGUGGAAUUUGGCACCCUCUUGCUCCUUGUAUGUAUGAUGAUGUGAAGGAGUAUUUGAAUUGGUAUGGAACUAGAAGGGAUGCUAAUGAGAAGCUGAAGAGUCCAGAUGCUCCUGUGAUUGGUUUGAUUCUUCAGAGGAGUCAUAUUGUGACUGGUGAUGAUGGACACUAUGUGGCUGUGAUCAUGGAACUGGAGGCUAGAGGGGCUAAGGUUGUUCCACUUUUUGCUGGUGGCCUUGACUUCUCAGGGCCUGUGGAGAAGUUUCUGAUUGAUCCUAUCACGAAGAAACCGUUUGUGAAUUCAGUGGUGUCCCUUACUGGGUUUGCUCUUGUUGGAGGCCCUGCAAGGCAGGACCAUCCGAGGGCGAUUGAGGCUUUGAUGAAGCUUGAUGUUCCUUACAUUGUUGCUGUGCCACUGGUAUUUCAGACAACUGAGGAAUGGCUCAACAGUACUCUUGGUCUGCAUCCAAUUCAGGUUGCUCUCCAAGUUGCUCUGCCGGAGCUAGAUGGAGGCAUGGAGCCAAUUGUUUUCGCCGGUCGGGAUCCCAAAACAGGAAAAUCUCAUGCUCUUCAUAAGAGAGUGGAACAGCUCUGCAUCAGGGCAAUCAGAUGGGCUGAAUUGAAAAGAAAAUCAAAGGCAGAGAAGAAACUUGCAAUCACUGUCUUCAGUUUCCCUCCAGACAAAGGAAAUGUUGGAACUGCUGCCUACCUCAAUGUCUUCUCCUCCAUAUACUCAGUUCUGACAGACCUGAAAAGAGAUGGUUACAACGUUGAUGGCCUUCCAGAGAGUUCAGAAGCUUUGAUUGAAGAAGUGAUACAUGACAAAGAAGCUCAAUUCAGCAGCCCAAACCUGAACAUUGCUUACAAAAUGAAUGUCCGCGAGUACCAACGCCUGACUCCCUACUCCACAGCAUUGGAAGAGAACUGGGGAAAACCACCAGGAAAUCUGAAUGCAGAUGGAGAGAACCUAUUGGUGUAUGGGAAACAGUAUGGUAAUGUCUUCAUAGGUGUUCAACCCACAUUCGGCUAUGAAGGGGAUCCAAUGAGGCUGCUUUUCUCCAAAUCUGCCAGCCCUCAUCAUGGAUUCGCAGCAUAUUACUCUUUUGUUGAGAAAAUCUUCAAAGCUGAUGCUGUUCUUCAUUUUGGCACACAUGGUUCUCUUGAAUUCAUGCCUGGAAAGCAGGUGGGGAUGAGUGAUGUUUGUUAUCCAGAUAGUCUGAUCGGGAAUAUUCCAAAUGUUUAUUACUACGCGGCAAACAACCCUUCUGAGGCCACAAUAGCCAAACGCCGGAGCUAUGCAAACACCAUUAGCUAUCUGACUCCUCCUGCAGAGAAUGCUGGUCUAUACAAAGGUCUUAAGCAGUUGAGUGAGCUCAUCUCCUCAUACCAGUCUCUCAAAGAUACCGGUCGUGGGCCACAAAUUGUGAGUUCAAUUAUCAGCACUGCAAAACAAUGUAAUCUUGACAAGGAUGUGGCACUACCUGAUGAGGGUGAGGAGCUUCCGGCUAAAGAGCGCGACAAUGUGGUUGGUAAGGUGUAUUCCAAGAUCAUGGAGAUCGAGUCUCGCUUGUUGCCUUGCGGCCUUCAUGUCAUUGGUGAACCUCCCUCAGCCUUGGAAGCAGUUGCAACACUGGUGAACAUUGCUGCACUUGAUCGUCCGGAACAAAAUAUUUCUGCUCUCCCAUCGAUUCUAGCUGAGACUGUUGGAAGGGAAAUAGAAGAUGUUUAUAGAGGGAGUGACAAAGGAAUAUUAAAGGAUGUAGAGCUUCUUCGGCAAAUAACCGAAGCAUCGCGUGGAGCAAUCACUGCGUUUGUGGAGCGCACUACUAAUAAGAAGGGUCAAGUUGUUGUAUCUGAUAAACUUAGCUCAAUCCUUGGAUUUGGCAUAAAUGAGCCAUGGAUUCAGUACUUGUCAAACACCAAAUUUUACCGAGCUGACAGGGAAAAACUUAGAACAAUGUUUGAGUUCUUGGGAGAGUGUUUGAUGCUGGUUGUGGCUGAUAAUGAAUUGGGAAGUUUAAAACAAGCCUUGGAGGGUAACUUUGUGGAGCCAGGGCCUGGUGGUGACCCUAUUAGAAAUCCUAAAGUUUUGCCAACAGGAAAGAAUAUUCAUGCCCUGGACCCACAAUCUAUUCCUACUACUGCAGCAUUGCAGAGUGCCAAAGUAGUGGUAGAUAGGUUGGUUGAGAGGCAGAAAGCUGAUAAUGGGGGAAAAUAUCCCGAGACAGUUGCACUUGUAUUGUGGGGAACAGAUAAUAUUAAAACAUAUGGUGAAUCCCUGGCUCAGGUCUUGUGGAUGAUAGGUGUGAAACCAGUGGCUGAUACCUUUGGUAGGGUAAACCGUGUUGAACCUGUAAGCCUUGAAGAGCUUGGAAGGCCUAGGAUUGAUGUUGUUGUUAAUUGCUCAGGAGUGUUCAGAGACCUUUUCAUCAAUCAGAUGAAUCUUCUGGAUAGAGCAGUGAAGAUGGUUGCUGAAUUAGAUGAGCCACUAGAGCAAAACUAUGUAAGAAAGCAUGCAUUGGAACAAGCUGAAGCCCUUGGAAUUGAAGUUCGAGAAGCGGCAACAAGGAUCUUCUCCAAUGCCUCUGGAUCCUACUCCUCUAACAUAAACCUGGCUGUGGAGAAUUCCUCAUGGAAUGAUGAGAAGCAGCUCCAGGACAUGUAUCUCAGCAGAAAGUCUUUUGCUUUUGAUUGUGAUGCUCCCGGCGCAGGCAUGGCCGAAAAAAGGAAAGUAUUUGAGAUGGCUCUGAGCACAGCAGAGGCAACAUUCCAAAACCUUGACUCGUCAGAAAUCUCCCUCACUGAUGUCAGUCAUUACUUUGAUUCAGACCCAACCAAUCUUGUUCAAAAUCUAAGGAAAGAUGGGAAGAAGCCUAGUGCAUACAUUGCUGACACAACCACAGCCAAUGCCCAGGUACGUACUCUUGCUGAGACAGUUAGACUUGAUGCAAGAACCAAGCUGUUGAACCCAAAGUGGUAUGAAGGCAUGUUGUCAAGUGGAUAUGAGGGUGUUCGUGAGAUUGAGAAGAGACUGACAAAUACAGUAGGGUGGAGUGCAACUUCAGGCCAGGUUGACAACUGGGUGUAUGAAGAAGCCAACACAACUUUCAUUGAAGAUGAGCAAAUGCUGAACAAGCUCAUGAACACUAAUCCUAACUCAUUUAGGAAGCUGGUGCAGACAUUCUUGGAAGCCAAUGGGCGCGGUUACUGGGAAACCUCUGAACAGAAUAUUGAGAGGCUCAAGCAGUUGUACUCAGAAGUGGAAGACAAAAUUGAAGGCAUUGAUCGUUGAAGUUUAUGUAUGCCUAUACAACAGUGAGGAGGAGGAGGGCACCCAUUUAAUGUGAUUUAGUUUCCCUUUUUUCAUUUUUCUGAGAUCAAAUCUCCUAAUUUGUGCAGAUGUGAACUCCAACCCCUGUGAACAAAUAAAGCUUUUUUUUUAGUUCAAAGAAUGAGGCUCAUAACCUUGUUUGAUUUUA